GAAGACUUCACGUAAAUCCCUCUGAGACUCAGUAUCUUUGCUAACCCCUCUCUUAAGGUCUCCGGCACACCAACAGGGCUCAGCACGUGAAUUUCUGGGGGAUGAACCCCAGCAGCCUCCAAGGAGGCACAGCUGAGGCUCCUUGGACUCUAGCAUAAGUGAUGGGGAGGAGGAGAUGGUGAAUAUCGAAAGUGACCAGAAGCAGCCAGAGCCACCAUUCCUCUGCCUCUGUGACAUCACACUGAGAUCUCUUUUUUCCUCUCUCCUGGGCUGUGGCUUCUGUUGCUAUGGCAAUGAAAUUCUGAGUCCUUAAGGGAGAGAGCAGCUAGAAUGACGUCUCAUCCUCUACCUGACGACGCAGUGACCCUUGUGAAGGAACCACAACAGCUGCCCGAGAUCCCUCUUUCAUGGUUCUUCCCGAGCCUGUUUGCUGCCUUCAAUGUAUCUCUGCUGGUGUUCUUGAGUGGCCUUUUCUUCGGAUUUCCUUGUAGGUGGCUGGUUCAGAAUGGGGAGUGGGUCUUUCCCGCGGUCACAGGCCCACUCUUCAUCCUCACCUUCUUCAGUCUCGUCUCGCUCAACUUCUCAGACCCGGGUAUCUUACAUCGAGGCUCCGUCAGUGAGGAUCCCAGGACCGUGCAUGUGGUGCGAGUGAACCAAAGGGCUUUCCGCCUGGAAUGGUGCCCAAAGUGCCUCUUCCAUCGCCCGCCCCGUACCUACCACUGCCCAUGGUGCAACAUUUGUGUCGAGGACUUUGACCACCAUUGCAAAUGGGUCAACAACUGCAUCGGUCACCGCAACUUCCGCCUCUUCGUGCUGCUGAUCCUGUUCCUCUGUCUCUACUCUGGAGCCCUGCUGGUCACCUGCCUGAUGUUCCUAAUUCACACGAGCCAUCUGCCCUUCUCCCUGGACAAGGCGAUGGCCAUCCUGGUGGCUGUGCCCGCUGCGGGCUUCCUGAUUCCACUCUUCCUGCUGAUGCUGAUCCAGGCCCUAUCUGUGAGCAGGGCGGAGCGCUCCUACGAGAGCAAGUGCAGGGACCAUGAGGAAUACAACCCCUUUGACCAGGGCUUUGCCAAGAACUGGUAUCUAACAAUGUGUGCACCACUGGGUCCCAAUUACAUGUCUGAAGUUGUCUGUCUGCAAAGACCGGUGGGGACAGAACGGAUCCAGGAGAAGACUAAACACCCACCACCGUGUCCUCCCAAACCUUGUAGCCCAGGUCAUCCUGGGCCCCAGAUCCAACCUCGGCAUGCACCAGGGAAGGGGCCCCCAGGGAGUGGAGAGGCUGCAGCUCUCCAGGAGAUGAGAAGCCUUCCUGCAUCUGUGGGAAAGACCCCAGGAGGUCCACGCCAGCCCAUGGCUGAAUCUGCUGGAGACCCCUAGAUGAGGCUCACCCCGGUACACACAGAACCAGGACCACCUGAACUUGCGCCUCCGAGUUUGAAUCCGAGUGGUCCACUUGGGCCCAGCCCCUGUUUCACUGGUGGGAGCACUGACACCCACCAAUCCUCAUUAAAUAUUGAUUGACGGUUUCUGA